AUGAACACAGUUAACCAGAGAAAGAAAUCCAUGGGACGCAAGAAAAUCGAAAUCAAGAAAGUCGAAAAAGAAACCAACAAACAAGUCACAUUCUCCAAAAGAAGAUCUGGUUUAUUCAAAAAAGCUUGCGAACUUUGCGUCUUAAGCGAUGCUAACCUAGCCAUCAUUGUGUUUUCUCCGGCUGAUAAACUAUUCUGCUACGGUCGACCCAACACCGACGCUAUACUCAACAGUUACAUCAAAGGAACCACUUUGUUUGAGGAUCAGAACUCGACGGGAGAUUCCUCGAUCUGUGAGCAGUAUAAUAGAGAAUAUGAAGAGGCACUAAAGAUGUUGGAAAUGGAAAAGAAGAAACUUGCCGAUAUUGAGAAUAGAGUUGGAUGGUGGAAUGAUUCUAUUGAUGAUAUGAGUGGUGAACAGCUUGAACAGUUUAUGAUGUCCAUUUUUGAGUUGAGGACGAAGCUUGCUGAAAAAGAACAUGAACAUCUCAUGAUGUUUUCUAUGUAA